AUGCCAUUUUGCCAGUUGCUACUUUGUUGGGUCAACUGAGGUUACGUUUGAUUUUACAAACAAAUUUUUAAGAACUUUUUGGAUGAAAAUCGUAUUUAUACUUAUAAUCUACAACUGUUUAGACAUUUUUAUAUGUUAUACAACGAGUUUCGAAUCAGAAAUUAAUGUGCCAUUAAAGUUUCUUCGAAAUGAUUGUGAAGUGUUGGACUGUUAUGUUCUGUGUUCGUGCCUUCAAAAGUUUUAAAAGUUGAUCAACUAGUUUCUAUAGCAAUAUUGUUUAGUGAUAAUAAUGUUUAUAUAUCAGUUUUUUGAUGUGAGAAGGAAAAACAUUUUCUAUUUAUAAGGGCGGGAAUUUGAUGCGACGACAAGAUGGACGCGGCCGACAAGCGGAUGUUGGAUCGCGAGGCGCUGCGCAACAUGAUCCAGCAGUGGAACGCCAACCGCCUCGACCUGUUCGAACUGAGCGAGCCCAACGAGAACUUGGAGUUCCAUGGCGUGAUGCGUUUCUACUUCCAAGAUUCGGGUCAGAAGAUCGCGACCAAGUGCAUCCGCGUCGCGUCCGACGCCACCGUCAGCGAUGUUAUAGAAACGUUGAUCGAGAAGUUCCGUCCAGACAUGCGCAUGCUGUCCCUGGGGUCGUACUCGCUGUGGGAGACGCACGGGCCGUCGGACGAGCGCCGCCUGGAGCCUCACGAGAAGCCGCUCCUCGUCCAGCUCAACUGGCACGCCGACGACCGCGAGGGACGGUUCCUACUCAAGUGCCUGCCUGAUAACCAAGUGCCUGUUUCUACAAUUAACGAAAAGUCGGACCAAAACUUUAAACGAAAAUUAUCUAAGAGAGAAAAGAAGGAACUGAAGAAGAAAGAAAAGCUUUCGAGGCUGAAAUCGGAUUCCAACAACGAAAAUCGACCCGUGGCAGAAAAAUUGUACACAGAGCUUCCGGAGACUUCGUUCACGCGAAGUAUCAGCAACCCGGAGGCGGUGAUGCGCCGGCGCCGACAGCAGAAACUCGAGCGGAAACUGCAGCAGUUCCGCUCCAAAGAUGGCGGACCAGACACCGGUGGAACGUUGAAAAUAUACGGGUCGUCGCUGUGCCCGGACGUGCCGUACAAGACGCUGCUGCUGUCGGUGGGCGACUGUGCGGCGGGCGUGCUGCGCGAGAUGCUCGACAAGUACGGCCUGAGCCGCCACGACCCCGCGCAGUACUGCAUCGUUCAGGUGGACACGGCAGACAACUCGGAGUACAUACUGGAGGACGACGAGUGCCCGCUCGCCAUCGUCAUGACACACCCACACCGCAGCUCCAUCAUGUUCCACGUGCGGCGGCGGCCGUCGGACGCGCAGCCGCGGCGUCGCAAGAAGAAGUCGGGCGGCGCUGCGGGCGGGCGGCCCGGCUCCGAGCCCGCCCUGCUUGAAGUCACGCCCGACGGCGCACCGCUCGAGAACGGCCGCCGCGUACGCGUCACUGACAUCGUUGAGGUGGGUUCCGGCAAUGGCACGGCGCUGCAGCUGUACGGGCCGUCGAUCCAGCCGCGGCACUGCGUGGUGGCGGCGGCGGAGGGCGGCGGCUACACCGUCACGCCGCUGCACGCCGACGCCCACGUCUACGUCAACGGCCGCCGCGUCGUCCACACGCAGCGGUUGCAGCAUGGCUGUCUCCUGAAAUUCGGUCGCGUUUCAACGUUCCGUUUCGUGGACCCCGCGCAGGAGACCAUCAUGAACAGAAACCUCGCACAGUCGCAGAAUUUCGGUUCCGGGUCGCUUUACGACAGAUCGGCGGAGGACGGGGCGAUGUCGCCGACGUCCCACCAGGACGAGGAGUAUCCCACCGCCGGGAGCCCGCUGUCCCACGACACCUACACACCCGACCCCUACAACAACAAUACGCUGAAGCUCGACAAUGAAUCCCUGUUGUCGCCCAACGACACCAACGAAGACGACAACAAGAGGUCGUUCAAGGACAACUAUGAGACGACCUUCGAUAUCGACGGCAAUGUGGAGACGAAGAGCACCUGCAGUACGCGCAGCGGUGGUUCAGGGAACGACAACAGAGGAAACAUAGUGGGCGGAGGGCGAGGCACGGAGGCGGUGCUUCCGGCCGUACUAGAGUUCCCGGAGGCGGGGCAGGCGCAGUUCCUCGCCGCCGUCAUAUCGCACCUCGACCCGCACGCGCCAGCGUUCAAGCUCGCACCGGUGUACACGCUGUAUCUGUGCGCCAGAUAUCGGGCUUCAACCCACUACCGGCCUGAGCUGACUCCCACAGAGAGAGCGCACAAGCUCACGGCCUUCCUACACCACGUCGCCACACUCAUACACGCGACUGUACAGGAAAGAAGCAACGAUUCGGCGGCUCAAGCGUUCUGGCUGGCGAACGCGAGCGAGCUGCUACAUUUCCUGAAGUGCGACAGACACAUAUCGUCCUUCUCUACGCAGGCGCAGGAGUUACUUCCGGUCACUGUACAAAACGCUUUUAGCAAUCUAGUGUCGUGCUUCCAAGAGGAGUUGUCGGGGGCGCUCGCUGAGCUGACGGAGGCGGGCGCGGGGGGCGGAGCUGGCGCGGCAGACGCCACGGAGGCCACCGCCCCCACGCUGCAGGCGCUAGCUGCUGCCAUGGUGCUGCUGCGUUGCUGUCGCGUCAACUCCGCCCUCACUAUACAGCUGUUCUUCCAUUUGUUCCAUUAUAUCAACGCUGUGUGCUUUAAUAAGCUGGUGAACGCUGGCGCGGCGCUAGGCGGCGGUGGCGCGCGAUGGGGCGCGGCGCUUUCGGCGCGUCUGGCGUUGUUAGCGGCCUGGGCGGAACGCCAAGGCCUCGAGCUCGCCGCCGAGUGCCAUCUCGCUCGCACCAUACAAGCAGCCCGCCUCAUCCAAGGCACGUACCGCACGGCGGAGGAGGCGUGCGCGGCGGUCAGCAGCUGCUUCAAGCUCAACUCGGUGCAGGUGCGAGCGCUGCUGUCGCCGCUGCUGCCGCCGGACAUCCUCGAGCCCGCGGUGGCGCACGCCCGCGCCAAUGCUGACGAGCUAAGCCGCGCGGAUGGCAGAGAGAUCGCGUUGGAGGAGAGCGGGUGGCUAGGCGCAGGCCUACUGGUGCCGGACAACGGUUUCAGUGCGGAGGUUGUACGCGGGGUGCCUCCCGGCCUAGCGGAGUUCGUGGCGCCGCUGCAGCGAGGCGGUCUGUGCCGGCUGACCCGCGCCCCGCACGCACGCGGGUUGUGGUCCGUGUACUUGCGCGGGUACGGCCCCGCCCCCCGCGCCCCCGCCCCCCGCCUACAUCUCGUGCAACUGCACAAGAACGCUAACGGCAUGGGGCUCAGCAUUGUUGCUGCUAAGGGCGCGAAUCAGAGCAAGCUGGGUAUCUACAUAAAGUCGGUGGUGCCGGGCGGCGCGGCGGCCGCGGACGGGCGGCUCGCGGCCGGCGACCAGCUGCUAUCAGUCGACGGACAUUCCCUCGUCGGUAUUACGCAGGAGAAGGCCGCGGAGUACCUCGUGAGGACGGGGCCGAUAGUGACGCUGGAGGUGGCGAAACAGGGCGCGGUGCUGCACGGCCUGGCAACGCUGUUACACCAACCCGCGUACAACCAACGACAAGACGAAGAGCUGACAGUGUCGGACCCGCUGGACCGCAACUCGGGUCUGUGGACGAACCCGCACCCCGCGCUGCUGCGCCCCACCUCGCCGCUCACCGAGCUCGCCACCGCAGGCAAUUCCAGCCCCAUACCACACCUAAUUUGCGCCAUUUUUAUUUUGUUGUCAUUCGUGUCGCCUUUUUAUUUUAUUAAGUCGUUUCUAAUCAGCGUCGAUCUGUUCCAUCAUGUUUUCGCUUUCGUCGUUUUUCCUCCCGUAAUAAUCGUAUCGUGUUUAAGUCGGCCUCGUAUUACAGGAACGCGGCGUCGUCACCAGUACAGUCUCUACCACUUCAGGGACGAGUCCUCGGAAUCUAGCACCGAUCGGAGCGAGGAGUGCGCGCCGCACUACUUCGGCUCCAUUCCGAAAUUGAUAGUGACAUUAGAUCAGGAGAAUAAUCAGCUGCGAGAGGAUUUGUCCCCAGAGACGCCGGGGUGCCCCGCGGAGUUGUCCGGGGCGCCGGCCCGCCCGAUCCCCGUGUUCACGUUCACGUGCGCGGACGCGGACGAGCAGGCGGGCGGCCCCGACACGCACGUACCGCAGGCCCCGCCCAUCGCGCCCGAGCCCCCCGCCUCCUACGACCACUCCAGCGACAGCGCCGACACCGUCUGCCUCCCGCCGCAGAUGCGCCCCAUCGACCCCAAACUGACGCUUGACUUUUUCCGUGCCAAAGAGGAGGCUUUCCGGCGCUGCACCGGCGUCGACGACUGCGUCAGCGCGUGCGAGUGUUGCCGCACGCCGCAGCCCGAGGAGAACCGCAUACCGUUCAUAGACGAACCAAACUCCGAGCCGAUCAUAUACGAGAACGACCGCGUUCACGACAGAGUCGCGACGCCCAAAAUACGUAGAAUACUUCCGUCGUUGUCGCUCGACAGUACCAUAGACAGAAAACCUGAAACGGUGGACGCGAUGUGUCAAACGAACUCCCCGGUGGAUUGUUGCGACAAAACAUUCGGUGUGCGAAACGGGAGUACGGACGUCAGAAGAGACGAUCUAGUUCUCAACCUUAAAGAAAUCACUGAUGAGGCUCGAUCUCACCCGAGAGGGACCGUCAGUAACGCGACGAGCGCCUCGAUGAAGUCCGACGAAACGGAAGCUCCGUCCACGUACUCCACUUCGGAUUCGUUCGACGAUUUGUGCAAUAAUAGAUAUAUUUCUAAGAGUAUGCCCCAAGUGCCUGUAGAGAUCUGCGCCGACAGAAAAUCUUGGAAAUCUCCGGACGAGUACCGGCCCGGAUUCGGCAAAGUGAAGGCUCUGACGAAACAUUUCAACGAAAUUAAUCUUAAGUACUGUGUAAGAAGCUAUAGACGUAAUUGUAAAUCUAGCCCAAACCUGAGCGCCCGGAGGGACGAAAGUUUCGUAGUGAAAGACAAUUUACCCACCAGUGCCAGCUUAGCGGACAUUCACUACGAGCGCAACGAAACCGCCACCACCGACAGAAUGUCCGAAGACGAGGUCAAGAGCAUCAUCAUCCAGCUCGAAGACUGGUCCAGGUUCGGCUCGCGCGGGAGCGAGGACACGCUCGCGCAAGGAAACGAGUUCGAGCUCCCCAAUCUACCUUCCGAGGAUCACACCGACGGAAACGCCUCGAUCACGAGCAGCUAUAUAUUUACAGAAAUAGUUGAUAACAAACCAAAAACUAUAACAUUAGACAAUAUCAAACUAAAGUCGAAUCCGACCGUCAGCGAUAAAGAUUCGCCGGAGACUAGUAAAUCGAACGAGUCGAUGAAGGCGCGAGUGGUGGCGCUUAUACCGAAGCAAACGUCGUCCGAGGACGUAUCCUUGACGUCGGAGUCGCUGGCGGUACGCAGUUGUCCCGACGUGCGCAACGCGCGUGACCGCCCGCUCCACAGCCGCCUGUUCACACAACUGCGCCAGCCCCGGGGCGUUGCCGGUGCGGGUCGGCGCGCGUCGGAGCGUGACCUACCGUCGCGACUGGCGGCUGAGCCCGUGAAGCCGAGUAAGAGUACGCCGGCGCUACACGCGCUGUCGCCCGUGUCGCCGCCGCCGCUCGCGAUGCAGUCGCCCACGCCGCACACGCAGACCCUACAGCCCAACGGCAACUUAAGUACUGGGUCGGUGUCUUGGGCGAACAAGUCGCGCAGCAGUCACAACCUGUCCGCACAGAACGACUCGUUCUAUCAGAACCUGUCCUCGGUACAGGCUCACCAACAUCACACACUCAACGACAGCUCUUCGGGCAGCACGCGGCCGCAGUCCGCACACUUCAACGCCGCCGAGCCCAGCCCCGACCCAAGCGCCAGUCAUGUACAGGCUAAUCAACAAGCCAACGCUGCAAAUGCCCGUGCUGCAAAACUGGCUGAAAUGUCAGAGGAGGUGACGAGACGACAGCAACAUCAGCAACAGAUGCAGCAGCAGCAGCUACAUCAGCAGCAGUUGCAACACCAGCAGAUGCAACAGCAGCAUAUGCAACAGCAGCAUAUGCAGCAGCAGCACCAACAACAGCAACACCAACAGCAGCAGCUACAGCACUAUCAGCAACUGCAGCAGCAGCAAUUCCACAAUCAGCAGCAGAUGCAGAAGUCGCAGCUGCCGCACCAGCACCUCGGCUCGCAGCAGCAUCUAUCGCAAAGCCAACCGCUGGUGUACUCCAGCCAGCAGAACUUCCAUACAAACAUGCAGCACGUGCACGCGGGACAACCGCACCUCAAUACCAACCAACCGCACCUGAACGCUGGGCAACCGCAUCUGAACACGAGUCAACCGCACGGGAACGCGGGCCAACCGCACGCGAAUACCAGCCAGCACAUGCACGUGGGGCAGCCGCAUAUGCACGCGAGUCAGACGCUGUACUCGCCGCAGCAGAGCUCGCCGCUGCCGCAGGGCAUGCACCUCAACCUGCACCACACACAGUACGCGCCCGCGCCGCACAGCCCCAGCCAGAUGAGCCAGCAGAACACACCGCAAAGAUACGAAUGGCAUCAACCGGGCCCGCCGUCUCCGCAAAGAAGUCAGCCUCCCGUUGCUCCCAAACCAAAUCAGAACACAAGAAGAUCGGAAAUAGAAGACGAUCAAUAUCAUCAGCAACAACAGCAGCAGUCUACAUUGCAACCUGAUGAGGAGCACUACGUGGCGAGUGCUUGUGGUCCGCCGGCGGUGUCGGUAUACCCGGUGGGCGGAGUGGGGGGCGGGGCGCCGCACAACCCCGCCCACAACCCCUGGCAGCGCGAGGAGCGUGAACGCCAGGUCGAGGCGCGGAGAGCCGCCGCGCGCGCACGCAGGGACGCGGCGAUAGCGGCACUGGUGUCGCUGGGCGCGGCGCGCUCGCCGGUGCAGAACCAGCAGCUGCGCGCGCUGCAGCUUGAGCGGGACUUCGAGCGACGCGCUACCAUGGACCAGGACGAAACUGGUAACGGCGAGGGCGACGCGGAAAAUCGCAGCUCGUCCCCCGAGCCCGAGCUCGAGCGCGAGCCCGAGCGCGAACCCGAGCGCGAACGACACUCCCAGCCGCCCAAGUCCAUACUCAAGACCAACACGCGCACCGAACUCACCAACGGUUAUACACAUACGAGCGUGGUGGAGGAGCGCGUGUGUGAGGUGACUAGCGGCGUGGCGGGCGUGUCGCUGGGAGGGGGCGGGGCCGCGCCGCCGCCGCCCGAGCGCGGCUCCUCCUUCGCCGUCAUGGCCACGCGCCUGCACGAGGCGCCGCCGCCGUCAGCCGUGGUGCCGCCGCCACAAUCGCCGGUGAGCGUAGGUCGGGACAAGCGAGUAUCGUUCCACGAGCGCGCGCUGACGCCGCCCCCGCCGGCGUCGUCGCCGCCGCCGCUCGAUACGCCCGCGCCCGCACCCGCGCCCGCUACCACGUCCGCCGCACCCGCCGCGCCGCACGACGGACACGCCACACCACAGAACCCGGAGCGGUUCAUCGAGGAGGCGGAGAGCAUGUUGUCGGGGGCGUCGCCGACCACGCCCCCCGCCGCGCUCACGCACACGCCCGGCGUCAUCGGCGCACAGGAGGUAUACAGAGACCCGCGCACGCGGAGGCUUUUGGAGCAGCAGGCGCGCGCGCCGGCCGCGCCCGUGCCCGAGCAACUCUCCUUCAAGGAGAAGAUGAAGAUGUUCGCGCUUGAGUCCGGGGAAGCCGCCACGCCCAAGGACAAGGUGAAAAUAUCUCGAGCCCAGCGAGACAUCGACGCGGUCCACUAGCGGACCCCGGACCCAGCCGGACUCCGGCCAACCGGCCAACGGACACAGCCGGCCAACAUACCCAGCCACCGGACACAGUCGGCCCCCCCAGAUAACACCUCAGAUAACUGUCGCUACAUUCAUCUUUGUUUGAAUGUUCGAGCGACUGUAAUGCCGUUACACUGUAUUUUAUAAGAAUUUAUAAUUAAUAUUUACUUUCUUUCGAUGCCUAAUUUUAUUUUAGAAUAUACUUUAUUCAGUAUGAAGUGUGACGACAGACAUAGGAUAAUAUAUUUUGAUGUGAAUGUGUAAUAUAACGAGUGGCCAUAUAAUAUUUUACGAUUGGACCAUGUUUCUGUCUAUAAGACGCGAUCGAUUCGAAUCGAGAGUUUUACAUCAGUAUUAUUUGACCGAUCACUGAAUGAAAUAUGUCGUAUUGACGAUGCGAGAGUUUAUCAAAGGACCACGAUAUAGCUUUUAUAUUUGAGAAGUUAUUUCACGAUUUGCCUUCGUCGGGCCGCGGGCGUGGUGCGCGGCCGCUGACACUUCGAUGU